AAAUUGCAACCAAGAAGAGAAGAAAAUCAGAGAUUUAAUAACGUGAAUGGAAUUUUCUUGUUUCCCAAUUUCUUCUGUGAAAUAGAAAAAUUCAGUUUUGUUUCUCUAUCUGAAGAAGCUCCAUGGAAGCUUAUAAGCAAUGGGUUUGGAGAAAUAGAGAGUAUGUACAUUCCUUAGGAUCCUUUGCCAACGGAUUGACAUGGCUGCUUCCUGAGAAGUUUUCUGCUUCAGAGAUUGGACCAGAAGCAGUAACGGCUUUUUUGGGCAUAUUUACAACUAUCAAUGAACACAUAAUUGAAAAUGCUCCAACACCUCGUGGCCAUGUUGGAUCUUCCGGGAAUGAGCCAUCCCUUUCUUAUCCGCUACUCAUCGCCAUCCUAAAGGAUUUGGAAACUGUUGUGGAAGUGGCAGCUGAACACUUCUAUGGAGACCAAAAAUGGAACUACAUUAUUCUCACUGAAGCUAUGAAGGCUGUCAUUAGGUUAGCCUUGUUCCGGAAUAGUGGGUAUAAGAUGCUUCUUCAAGGAGGGGAAACACCUAACGAGGAGAAAGAUUCUGACCAAUCCGAGUCGCAAAUUAGAGCUGGUAAUUUAGGUAGAAAUCUCGGGCCUCAUAGUCUUGGAAACCAAAAUCAUCAUAAUCCAUGGAACUUGGAAGGUCGGGCGAUGUCAGCUUUAAGUUCAUUUGGUCAGAAUGCAAGAACAACAACAACAUCUUCUACCUCCGGUUGGUCUCGAAGAAUUCAACAUCAGCAAGCAGUUAUAGAGCCUCCAAUGAUCAAGGAGAGGCGAAGAACGCUCUCCGAGCUACUAUCUGAAAAGGGUGUUAAUGGAGCGUUGUUUGCAAUGGGUGAGGUUCUUUACAUAAUGAGACCGCUCAUUUACGUUCUUUUCAUCAGAAAAUAUGGAGUCCGAUCUUGGAUUCCUUGGGCUAUAUCGCUUUCUGUGGACACACUGGGAAUGGGUAUUCUUGCAAAUUCUAAGUGGUGGGGAGAGAAGAGCAAGCAAGUCCAUUUCUCAGGACUUGAAAAGGAUGAGCUGAGGAGACGAAAGCUGCUAUGGGCAUUGUACCUCAUGAGAGAUCCAUUCUUCACAAAGCAGAAGCUGGAAAGCUCUCAAAAGAGGCUGGAACCAAUUCCAUUGAUCGGAUUCCUCACAGAGAAGAUUGUGGAGCUUUUGGAGGGAGCUCAGUCACGGUACACUUACAUAUCGGGAUCGUGAGGCUAAAAGUUUACUUAUGGUUUUUAUGCAACAGAAGAAUAUCGCCCAUUGUUGGAAUGCUUUUUAGAUCUUCGAAGGCUCUUUGCAGCAGAUUCAUAGGGAAUGGUUUCAGGCUUUUGUAAGAAAUUGUGUUUAUUUGC